CCGUCUGACGUGCUUUACGGUUGUCGAAAAUACAAACACGUGUGUGCUGCCUGCGUAUCAACUGUACGGAGAAUACAUCUGCGUCUAUAACCUUAAAAUGGCCAAAAGUCUGCGAAGCAAAUGGAAGCGGAAGAUGCGUGCUGUGAAGAGAGCGAAGAAUGCCCCGAAGGAACUGGCUCGGCUGAAGCUAGCCUUGGCCCACGGUGGCACAGGAGAGAUCUCCAUGAAUGACAUUCAGGACAUAGCGACAGUGGUGCCAGCUGGCAAGAUAAAGGAGAAGAAAGUGGAUGUAGACAUGGAGGGAGAGGAAGUCGAUGAUGGAAAGAUGGACAUGGACAGCAAGCGCAGUAAGACGACCCAAUUGGACGAGCACGGACAGUACCCAAUAUGGAUGAGCCAACGACAGGCCAAGAAACUGAAAGGCAAACGCAUGACAAAGAAAUCGGGAGGAAAGGCCAACAAAAAAAAGAAGGGCAUUGCCUGGUAGCCUGGAGAAAACCAAAGGACUUCUGACUUAGAACCUGUGACACAAUUGCCUGGUAGCCUGGAGAAAACCAAAGGACUUCUGACUUAGAACCUGUGACACACAUGAGCCUUGAAUAUCAUGUAUCGGAGAUUGAAUACAUGAUCUUUGUGGACUUGAGUUGCCUUGUGUUCAAGUUAAAUGGUGAUAUGAGGCAAAUGAUCUAUAUUGUGCAACACAUUGUCUGUAAGCCCAUUUAAUGUAUGAAAGGAAACAACAGAGUUGUAUUUUUGGGCACAAUGGUAUAGUACUGCAUUGACAUACUUCACUUGAAUGAAAGCCAUGUUUUCUUAUUGCUGUGGUAUACAGAAGAGAAUAUGGUAUAUUCUUUACAUUUUACCCCAAUAAUGCCUGUUGUUGGUAGCUCCAUUCCUGUUUGAUUUGCUCUUCCUGUAGCCUAGUCCAUCAUUACAAAGACAUUCAUUAUACAUGUAACAAACUGUCCAUAUAAUCUUCUGGUUGUCAUGUUGGAGUAAAUAAAUGUGUUUCUGUACAUUAAGACA